AAGAAACUUGGUGUAGUGUGAGAUACAAGAAACUAACUUGUAACUCUAUCUGUCCUAACUACCAGUGGAUUAGUGUUAAAAGAUCAGAGCAAAGAUGCAGCAGUGUUAAUCUGCUAAGCCAUACAAUAACAGAGGGAUUAACAGAGAAAAUCUGGUCUUCCACAUGUAAAACAUUUUUUGAUGAAAUAGCCAUAAAAAUGGAGAUGAGGGACAGAAGUAUGUCAAUGAGGAGACAAAUUAAAGUAUAUGAAAUGCCACGGUUACAGAACAGAACAGCUACAAUUUGAAUAUACUUGAUAUCACUCUGACAAUGUGUGAACAAAAAUGAGAAGAAGAAAUGGGUAGAUGGUUCAACCAACAGAAAAAUGUUACUUUAUAAUAAUCAGUGAAGUGAAAAUGGGGAUAACCAUUUUUCAAUGGAGUAAAUUAAUUAAACUGACAAUGUGCAUUUCCCUUUUAUCAAACAGUUGCAACUGUAACCAAGUCCCUUAUAAACAUCUGUCUUUAGAUGAAAAUGAGAUUCUAGUGGACAAAAUAGUUUCCCUGGAAACUGGCAGUACAGAGAAGGAUCAUAAAAUUGUAAAAAUUGUUACAACAGAUCUAGAACAUGAUGACAAAAACAAAAAUACUGUCAGUGAAGUUGGGAAAAGUGACCUUGAACUUUUUUUACUCAUCAAAGAAAUGCAAGCCGAAAUCAAGGAACUAAAAUCUUCACAAGAACUGGACAGAAUAAAGAUGGCCAAACUGGACUCCAAACUGGAUAGUUGUCAAGAUGAGACAAUCAUCAGUAGAGCGGAAGUUGUGCAGAUCCGACAACUUGUUUCAGAAAACUUUGACAAAACAGCAUUACUUGAGGAGGUUACCCAAGACAACAGUGUAUUGCUUGAAGGCCUGAAAUUAUUCCAAAAAGAGGCAAAACGUGACCUAAGACGUUUCAAAGAGUACAAAGAAGACAGAGCAGCCAAAAGGUUUCAUCAACUGACCAAUCAGGUAGAGAAAUGUGAAAGAGAGAUAGAAAAACUUCAAACAGAUCUCAACAACUUAACUCAGGACCUAACAUCUUUACAUGCUGACAAAAUCAGUUUACAAGAUAAACAGGACGGCUUAAAAAAUGAUUAUAACUCACUCAGGAAUUUGACAUUUGACUUACAGAGUGACCUCAGUGAAACAAUUGAAAAUCUUACCUCAUGUUGCAAUACUCACAUUGAACUGGCCAAUCAGAUGCAGCAAUACUCAAGGACCAAUCAGCAAACAGAUAUUUUGACCAAUGGGAAUAGAGUACCAUACAGGCCAACCAAUGAGAUUGAAAUAGUGGAAUUUGGGUCUGGAGAAAUUCAUGAUGAUUAUCUGUCCAAGUUUGAGGAAGAAACAAAUAAAGUUGAAGGUGGCAAGUACUCAAACAAUAAGGAAUAUGGCAGUGGGGAGACAAUCUAUGAAGGCAGUGGGGAUAUUGGCAGUGGACAAACAGAAUUACCUCCCUUUAUUGAUAUAAAUAAUUAUGUACAUAUAAAUACUUUUCAAGCUGAGAAGAUGAAAUGGGAAGGUAAUUUCCUUGCAUUAUCUCAUCAAUUUGACAAUCUUACUAGUCAUAUAUCUGACAUAGAAAAACGGGUAACAUCCAUACAGUUAGGAAACUUCAUGCAGAAUCUACAAGAAUCACUUAUAAAUUUUACUCAAAAUGUGAUAACUCUAGAUCAAUGGAAACUAUCUAGUAACCAAAUUGUCAACUCAACCCUUUACAAUCAGGACCAAAUAAUCAAGAUCAGUAAUAUGGUUCUAGAUAAUACUGACAAAAUUGCUGAUUUACGCUGGAAGGUCUCAAAUGACGAGUUGCUUAGUGACCAACAGUUCAACAUUCUACGUAUGUAUAUAAUACGUCUAAAUAAUUCUGUAGAAGAUAUCAAGGAAAAAAUUAAACUGCUUGAGAAACGAAAUCCUAGUGGAAGUCAGACCCAGUACCAAGCAAGUUACUAUGGUUACCAGACUAGCUACAGCAGUCAGACUGGUUACAAUACAGGAGAUCAGACAAAAGGGAACUCGUUUGGGGACCAGUCAAGAGACAGUAUAGAAAUCAUGAUGUCUCGCCUUGACGACUUAGGAUUACAGAUUGUAUUUAACCAAAACAGACUCGGAAAUCUUGAAGUGAAAUUAUUGAAUGAAUCAUUAUAUACAUGCAGAAAAUUUAACAUGGAUGCGUACCAGGACUCACAACUUGCUAGUCAUGAAGCAAUAAUAAAGUCCAAUACAAACUCAAUCAUGCUGAUGCACGAGCUUGUAAAGGAGCUGGAUUAUACAGUAAAGUCUCUAAACUCAGAAGUGAAGUCAAACGGACGUAGGAUUAGAACAGUGAAUGGUAACCUUGACUCCCUGCGAGGAAUUGUACCAGUUGUCAUAGGACUGAAGAAAGAAAUAGAGAACUUUAUGUUUCAACUACCAACAGAUUGUUCAGAGUACUAUGACAGAGGAUACAGGAAGUCAGGAGUUUAUGUCAUCCAUCCAGAGGGCGCCACAAUAUCUAGUCAGGUGACAUGUCACAUGACACAAGAUGGUGGAUGGACUGUGAUUCAGCAAAGAUUUGAUGGCAGUGUGGACUUUAGAAGAAACUGGACAGACUAUGUACGAGGGUUUGGCCAAGUAGAUUCUGAAUACUGGAUCGGAAACUACCUCAUCAAUCUACUCACCACAAACAAAAAUAACUCUCUACAAAUUUCCAUGACCGACAUAGAUAACAACAUCUGGUCAGCAAAUUAUGACAAUUUUUCAGUGUUGUUACCAAAUAAUAAGUAUACCCUUUACAUAUCAGGCUACAGUGGAAAUGUCACAGAUGCCAUGAGUUAUUCCACAAACAUGGGGUUCAGUACGCGGGACAGAGACAAUGACGCUAGCAGUACAAACUGCGCAUUCUACUACGAGUCAGGCUGGUGGUUCAAACACUGUCAAAUGUGCAAUUUAAAUGGCAGAUAUAAUAUAGGUUUUAUGUGGUUUAACCAGGACACAAGUGGUUGGAUUAGACUGAAAUCGUCUGUGAUGAAAAUCAAACCUAGCUGACAAAACUGUAAAAUCUUCUAGCUGUCUAAUAACCUAGUUCCUACUGGCAGAUUCAAGUCACAUAGACAAGACUUAGUGAUAUGUGUUCCAAAUGUAACAAAGAAAUUGAUGUUAAGCAUGAAAACUGGUCUAAUGUUCUGAGAAUAAUUAGUACCACCAUAUUAUGUGACUUAUUUGAAAUAAUUUCCCUAAUUUGGUAAACAUCUCCUUUCAAACUAAUUUUCUGGGCAUUUAGAGAGGACAUGAACAAACAACACAACUCUAAAGGCCAGAGUUUUUUUUAUAUUUUGUUAAAAACCAGGAGAAAAAUUAUACCAAAAAAAAUCCAAAAAUUGACAAUGGAUAUUGAUUGAAGCUUUCUAUAUUUAUUCACAACAUCGCACAAUGUUUUAAUAACUGAAAAAUGGUUAGUUUUGUAAAUGAUUUGUAUACAAUAUGUCAACACAUCAGAAAUUCCUGUAAGUUUGUUUAUUUAUGUGUUAUCAGAAAAAAAUCCAAAAAUUAAUAAAUUAUAUUAUCUUAUUAAAGAAAUUCAGCAUUAUAGUAAUCUGGGAAAUGAAAGAACAAAGAAAUCUGGUCUCAGUUAUUUAACCCUUACUCUGCUAAAUGUCUGUAAUGAACUUGUCCAACUUUCAAUUUGGACAGUAACAGUAGCUGUUAAAAGGGAUGCAUACCAAAAAGAUACUGACUGAAUAGCGAACAGUGCAGAUCAUGAUCAGACUGCACUGUUCACAAAGUGUCCAGCAUGAUACAGGUUAAUGCACUCUUCAUGGUAACAGUUCUUUUUGAUAUUUGACAUUUUUAGCCCAACAUCAUCAGAUGGUGGGCUAUUAAAAUCACUCUGCGUCCGUGGUCCGUCCGUCCGUCAUUCCGUCCGUCUGUCUGUCCGUCCGUCCGUCCGUCCGUUAACAAUUUCUCGUUAUCGCAUCUCCUCAGAAACUACUGGGGGGAUUUUGACCAAACCUUGUCAGAAUGAUGUAUUGGUACCCUAGUUGUGUCCUCCUGAAAAUCAGACUGGUUCAACAAUUUAUGAGUGAGUUAUGGCCCUUUGUUUAUUUCUAUAUUUUACAUAGAUUUAUAUAGGGAAAAACUUUGAAAACCUUUUGUCUAAAACCACAGAGCUUAGGGCUUUGAUAUUUGGUUUGAAGCAUCAUCUAGUGGUCCUCUACCAAGAUUGUUCAAAUUAUUUCUCUGGGGUCAAAUAUGGCCCCGCCCUGGGGGUCACAUGGUUUAUAUAGACUUAUAUAGGGAAAAACUUUGAAAAACCUCUAGUCCAAAACCACAGGGUCAAGGGCUUUGAUAUUUUGUAUGUGACAUCAUCUAGUGGUCUUCAACUAAGAUUGUUCAAAUUAUACCCCUAGGGUCAAAUAUGGCCCCGCCCUGGGGGUCAUAUGGUUUACAUAGACUUAUUUAGGGAAAAACUUUGAAAAUCUUCUUGUCCAAACCACAAAGCCUAGGGCUUUGAUACUUGUAAUGUAGCAUCAUCUAGUGGUUCUCUACCAAGUUUGUUCAAAUUAUGCCCCUAGGGUCA